UCACAGCUAGAGAUUCGGCCAGGGAGAGCCGGCGCUGGCCCGAGGCUGGAGAGAGAACUAGGUUUCUGCCUUCAUGGAUACGCUGGUAUGGACGAUUUAGACCGCGCUGUUCAAGUUAGUGGUGACAUCUCGGGUUAUGUCAUUCGCGUGGAGGGAGCAAUAAGUAAUCUGGCAAGACUGAAUUAUCUAAAUCUUUCGGAUGUGCUACGGGCGAUGCAAGAGAUACUGCAAGCGAUACAAGAACGUAUUAACAGCCAUCAAUACCAAAUUGGCUUCCCUUCCCGGAUCUAUAGAGGUCAGCGUGGUCAACCUGCAUUUCAAAUCUCCAACGAGGAACUACAGUUUCUUCUUAGGCUUCGCUUCACGGUUCCUCAAGUUGCCAGGCUACUGGGUGUAUCCACCAGUACUAUUAGAAGGCGGAUGUCUAGGACUGGAGUGCAUAUUAGACAAUUUUACACACGGAUAUCUGACCCAGCACUUGAUCGAGAAGCUUGGAAUAAUCACGGCCUCAGUUCUGAAAGACACCUUACCCCUCUUCAAAUGUGGAGUGGUGGAAUGCUGCUGAAUCAACAGUACACUGCUGUUCAAGAAGUCUUUACCACCCCUGACUCUAACUCUACAGCAUCAUCAUCAUCGGAUACAGAGCUUGACUCUACAAACACUCCUAGAGCACUAACCACAAUAAACCCAUUGGCCAAUAGCGCUGUGAUGGGUGUUGAUUUGUAUGCAGAUGCACUACAAUUACAACUACUUUCUCAGCAGUAACAUGUGUAUACUG